GGUCUAAACGUUAUAAUGCGUGGUCUCCUUUAUAUUUGCUGUUGGCUAGUUAUUUCUGGAGAAAUUUACGCUCAGGUGCCUGAAUCGCGCAUUAUCAACGGAACUCUGGCCAGCGUAGCAGACACGAAGCAUAUGGUAUCCAUCAGGCUAAAGAAGAACGAUCGCAACUUUGGCAGCGGCCACAUCUGCGGAGGCUCUUUGAUAGGGCCCAACAAGGUCCUAACUGCUGCCCACUGUUUGUUCAACUCCUCAAAGAAGCGCUAUCGCAAGGCAAGUGAAUUCGUAGUCGUGAUGGGCACCCUCAACCGCUUCGAGCGCAACAAUGGAACAAUUGUGUCCGACGUCAGCUCCAUUGCCUACAUGAACACCUUCACCACGGAAAGCAUGCGCGACGACGUGGGCGUCAUGUUUCUGCGCACCGGCCUCCCCAUCAAUAGCAGCCACCCGACUGUGGCGCCCAUUCAACUGGCCACAGAGCCGACUCCUUCUGGGGUCACCUGCCAAGUCUCCGGCUGGGGACGCACCAGUCAGAGCUCGCUCUCGAAUGUGCUGCUCACUGCCAAUGUGACCACGAUUCGUCACAAAACCUGCUCCACUAUCUAUUUGGGCAGCCURCUCCCAGGCAUGCUCUGCGCUGGGCAGCUGAAAGGUGGGACGGACUCCUGCCAAGGCGACUCCGGCGGACCCCUGGUCUACGAUGGCCGCGUGAUUGGCGUUGUCUCUUGGGGCUAUGGCUGCGCCGAGGCGGGUCUACCCGGCGUCUAUGCGGAUGUUCAGUAUUACCAUCAAUGGAUCGAAGAGCGCAACGGCAACUCCGCCCUGACAGCUCCAAGUCUGACGCACUUGCUCUCGCUGUGGUUCGGCUGUGCCUUUUGGCUAUGGUUAAGGAGAAAAUAAACUAUAUUCUAGCUGUAAUU